AUGGGUUUUGGGACUCCUAAAACCGAAACGACCGGAGCAUUCUUCGGACAGGGUGUAGGACCCGUGUGGUUGGAUGAUGUUAAAUCUCCCGUCAGGUUGGUAAAUGGCUCAGACUCUUGUUCUGGUCGAGUGGAGGUUCUUUAUAAUGGAACAUGGGGAACUGUCUGUAUGGAUGUCUGGGAUGAGCUUGAUGCAGCAGUGGUGUGUAGAGAAAUGGGAUGUCCAUCCCAUGCGGACGCAAAACGAUUUUCUUACUUUGGAUCUGAUCUUAAACUGGCAGAUACAACUAGUGAGUGUUCUGGAAGAGUGGAGGUCUUAGACAACAAUGAGUGGGGAACGGUCUGUGAUGCUGGCUGGGAUUUAACAGACGCUGGAGUGGUGUGUAAAAACAUGGGUUGCGGGUCUCCUGUAGAGGCAACGAUCGGGGCUUAUUUCGGACAGGGUUCAGGAUCCGUGUUCCUAGAAGAUGUCGACUGUACUGGGAAUGAGAUAUCAGUGACACAGUGUCCAUCAAAUGGUUUAAGAACAAGCUCAUGCACCAAUAGAGACGAUGCUGGAGUCAUCUGUCAAGAAGUAAAGCUGGUGGAUGGUAUCAGUCCAUGUGAUGGAAGACUUCAGGUGCUUUAUACCGGGCACUGGGGGUCAGUGUGUCACACUGGUUGGGGUUUGGAAGAUGCUAUGGUUUUGUGUCGAGAGCUGGGCUGUGGUGAAGUUUUAGAGGUCACCUCAUACGUGGGUCCAUAUGAUGGGCCAAAAUGGAUGGAUAAUGUCGCAUGUAGAGGAAAGGAGGCGACACUGAGGAGCUGUGGGUUUAGCGGAUGGGACGUGAGAAGUUGCGUAGGCGAACGUUACGCAGGAGUUGUUUGCAACAAUAUUAAACUGGCUGAAGGAGAGCAUAUUUGUGCUGGUCGAGUGGAGGUCUUACAUAAUUUUAAGUGGGGGACGGUCUGUGAUGUUGGCUGGGACUUAACAGACGCUGGAGUGGUGUGUAAAAACUUGGGCUGUGGGACACCUUGGGAAGCAAAGUCUGAGGCAUUCUUCGGAAAGGGUUCAGGAACCGUGUUGAUGGAAGAUUUAACAUGUACUGGGAAAGAGCUUACCGUGAAAGAUUGUCCAUCCAAAGCAAUUGGAACAAGUUCCUGCAACCAUAAACAAGAUGCUGGAGUCAUUUGUCGAGAUAUAAAGGUGGUCAAUGGCACGAGUACAUGUGAUGGCAGACUUCAGGUUCUUUAUGAUCAGCAGUGGGGUACAGUGUGUUACAAUGGCUGGGAUGUGAAUGACGCUACAGUUUUGUGUAGUGAGCUGGGAUGUGGAGAAUUUGCAGUGCCAGUGCCAUAUAAGGGUCCAUUUGUUGGGCCAAUUUGGAUGGAUAAUGUUGCAUGUACUGGAAAAGAAUGGCUGUUAAAAGACUGUUCGUUUACCAGAGGGGCUGUGAGCAGUUGUGCCAACGGACUUCACGCAGGAGUUGUUUGCAUCAGGUUUGUGAGAAAGAAUGUGGUAAGGAUCACCGUUACCGUCGACUAUGAAAUUGAUGUCAAUGACCCAGAUAUCAAGAAGAGCAUUUUAGAUGAGAUAAACACAGUGGUUAAAAGCAGAGGGAAUUAUUUUGCAAUCUGGAAAACACAGCUUGACGGCUCGGUAUUCCAAAAAAUAGAAUCAUGACAGGUCCCCCUUUGACUCUCAGAUAAAAAGCAUACAACUUCUAGUAAUAAUGUAAUGCAAAUCUUUUUAUAAUCACUUUUGCUUCAUUGCUUCCACCUAACUAU